AUGGAACUAUAAUUGUUUAAGUUAUAUAAUAACGAGUUUUAUAAAAUCAAGAUGAAUAAUUCUAAAAUACAUGAAGAUGCAAGUUAUUGUUGUUUUGCGAAUAGAAGGAGAAAUUCGGAUUCAUUUUUUACUAAUCAUAUUAUAGAUGAUGAAGGUGAUAUAUUAAGUACUAAGGCAGUGCUUUUGUAAUUAUAUAAAGGUGGCCAGGAUAUUGAAGUUAUCAAAAAGAAUUUGGAAAAGGUCAGAUUGAAUCCAAAUUGGUUGAGUUAGAAAAGAGAGGACUUAGAAUAUUAUAUACCAUAAUUUAUCAAUUACUUAGUAUUCAGAAGAAAUCACGAAGAGUUAAUAUAGUUUUUAUUCGACGCAUGCUAAAAUAACUUUUACUUUGCGCAUUUGACUUACUUUCAAUUAAAAUCCUUAUCGCAGAUAGUGAAUAAAAAGGUCAUAAAUCUGAAAGGAGUUUAAGAUUUUCUGAUUGAAUACACAAAAAUAAUGAAAGAACAAUAUGGGGAUGAAUAUCUGAUCAAUGGAAAAGAGUUUAUUUCCCAUAAUCCUAACAAAGAGGGAAUUUAAAUUUAUGGGACUGCUGGCUAUGAUUAAACAACACCCAAGGUCAAUGCCUCUGAAAUUAAUUUAGGAUAGUACUUAUCAGUGAAUGUAGAUAAUUAAACAAGGGAAAAAGUCUGUGGAUUCUCUUCUACUAUCAAUUUCUGGAAUGACAUAAUCAGAAUAUCUGAGAGACUCCAUCUAGCUUACCCCUAAAUAAUAUCUUUGAAGGCAGAUCUCCAGAGAAUUAAUCAGAAUCUACCAUCUUCUGUAUACAUUCCUUUUGUUAAGGAGCAAAUCAGAAACUAUGCAGUCUUGAAUAUAGUGGCACCAGAAACCAAAGUAUUCUCCACCAAGGAAAGAUCACCCUUCUAUAUAUGUCUGGAGAUCUACAGGCCCGAUGUGGAGAAGGAUCAGAGGAAUGACUAUAAGCAAUCUGAAGCGAUCACUCUGCAUAAAUCUAUGCUGCAAUAGAAGAUGUCAAUCAAUGGAUCCAUCUUCCUAGAUUAAAACAAAUGUAAUCCAAAUGUUCAUAAGAUCUCGGUACAAUAACCACUAUAGAUUAUUGACGAGGAUAUUAUUGAUGAAACACCAACGGUGUAAUUUUAUUCUCCUGGAAAUGAUGAACAAGCUGAAGAGAAGAGUGUUUAUCAAUCAUUUUCUAAAGAGAAUAAUGAAGAUUUUGAUGGACAACGCAAAAGCAUGCCACUUGGACAAGAUGGCCAGAGCUUAUUUGGGGAGUCAGCUAAGGACCAAGAACAAAGGAUCAAGGAUUAAUCUCUGUUUGGUAAUCUUAAAUCCUGGAGAUUGGUUCAUCUUAUCGUGAAAUCAGGGGACAAUUUGAAAUAGGAGCAGUUUGCUAUGCAACUCUUAUCUACUAUAGAUUAAAUCUUUAUCAUUGAGGAUCUACCUAUGAGAUUAUCAAUUUACGAAGUAAUUUCGUUGGGACCCAAUUAUGGAUUAAUUGAAAUGGUGAAGGAUGCUAUUACGAUUGAUUCAUUAAAACGAUAAUUAUGGAACAGACAAUAAACAUUAAGCUAAUUCUUCGAUCAUAAUUUUAGUGAUCGUCAUCGAACCAAUUUUAUGCAAAGCUUAGUUGGAUAUUCUCUCGCCUGUUACAUACUUCAACUUAAAGAUAGACAUAACGGGAACAUAUUAUUAAAAAGAGAUGGCCAUCUAGCUCAUAUAGAUUUUGGAUUCUUUUUAGGAAAUGCUCCAGGGAAGGGAAUUGAAAUUGAGAAUAAAGUUCCUUUUAAAUUGUUGAGCGAAUAAAUUGAAAUCCUUGGUGGUGUUUAAAGUGAUCUAUUUAAGAAGUUCAGGGAACUAUUUUAUAAAGGUUUCAUGGCCCUUAGGAAACACAGUGAUAGAAUUUUGUUACUUGUAAAAAUGAUGUAUUGUGGACAUAAGAACUCAAUGCCAUGUUUUAAAAGAGGAGAUAAAUCCAUUACUCAAUUGGAGGAGAGAUUCUUUUUGUAUGAGGACGAUAAUCAAAAAUUAAAUGUUAUUUGUUAAAACAUCAUUAACUCGUCCAUAGAUAAUUGGAGAGCAAAAUGGUACGAUAAAUACCAAUAUUAUGUUCAAGGCAUCUUUUAUUGA